UUUGCCAAACCAAAAUCAAGUGCAAUUGUCCAGUUAAUAUCCGGGACUGCACAAAUGCAUGGAUAUUAUUUUUUUUUAACACUCGGGGUCCACCGGGAUAUCACUGCUUUUUAACAAACAUAUUUGUGUUAGUUCAGUGGACGUUCAUGUGUUCAUUAUUAUUUCUGUUCAAGUAGAACGAGUAGCCUUAUCGUAAACGUUGUUAGCGAGGGGAAUCCAGCCCACAUAUUUAUUGCAGCCGCUGAAAAAAAUCUCUUCAAUAUCCCCAAGAUGGCCGCCGAUGUGGGAUCGAUGUUUCAAUAUUGGAAGAAAUUUAAUCUACGGCGGCUUCAGAGGGAGCUAAACUCAAUAGCGUCUGAGCUGGCGGGGCGACAGGAAGAGAGCGAGCACUCCCACAAGCACCUGGUGGAGCUGAGCCGGGAGUUCAAGAGAAAUGUUCCGGAGGAAGUGCGGGAGAUGGUGGCUCCUGUCCUCAAGAGUUUCCAAGCUCAGGUGGUCGCUCUGAACAAGCGCAGUAAGGAGGCAGAGUCGGCAUUCCUGGGAAUCUACAAGCAGCUUAUCGAAGCCCCUGACCCAGUUCCCGUGCUUGAGGCUACACACACCCUGGAGGAGAGGCUGCAGCAGCUGCAGAGUUCGGCCCCAGACAGCGAGGCCCUGGUCAGGGAGCUCAGCGGGCACUGGAAGAGACACCUGGAGUGCCUUGACAAGCCAGGUGACACAGGGGAGGACCCAGCAGCAGCAGAGUCAGGACCUGGGGAGGCAUCGAGCUGGACAGCUGGUGUGAUGACUCCAAACAGCAAACAGACCCUCAGAGUCACAGGCUCACCUCAGCAGAACCACCAGGGCCAGAACCAGACAGAAGGGGAAACCGAAGACACAGAUGCCACUCUGGCCGACAGACUGGGUGAGGCCGAGGAGAGGAUCAAAGUGCUGCAUUCAUCUCUGAGCACAGCCCAGACAGAUCUUCUGGACCUGCGGUGUAAAUACGACCAGGAGAAGGCCAACAAGGCGGAGGAGGUCGGUGUGAUCAUGAUGAACCUUGAGAAGGCAAACCAGAAAGCAGAAAUGGCCCAGAGGGAGGUGGAGAGGCUAAAGGAACAGCUGGCCAGUCCCCGGAGUGCCACCCCAGGGAGCUGCCAUCCACCAGAGGGCACUAGUGGGGAGAGGGGUGAUGUGUCGCCAUCCAAGCUGGAGGCUAAGCUGAUGGCUAAAGACCGAGAGAUCCUCAGGCUACUGGAGAACGUACAGAGACUACAGUUCGCACUACAGGAAGUCCAAAACAUCUCAGCCAAUCAGAUCAUAGAGCUGGAAAGCCAGCUGGCCUAUAAGACAGAAGCUAUUGAGAGAUUAGAAGCUAAACUGCAAUCCCAGUUGGACUAUGAAGAGAUUAAAACGGAACUCCGUAUCUUGAAGGUAAUGAAGUUGGCCUCAACGAAUGGUAACUCGUCCCAGGACACUGCAGAGGCUUUUUUGCGGGACAAAGAGGCCUUUCUUCCCUCUCCCAAGUACCUGAUGGAUAAGGCCAGAAUCUUACACAACAAUGAUGAGGACCGAUCGGAGGAGUCAGGCAGGGAGUCAGGCAGGGAGUGGGGCAGGCCCUCAGGGUCCUUCUCCUCUGUCUCCCAGGUGGAUGAGCGUACCUCUGCCAGCCCUGGUCCCCCCACAAUGGACGUCUCCUCCUCUAGCCACGACCUCCCCCGCCCCUUCUCUGUGUCCCCCUGCUCAAGGGACAGGCUGUCUGCGGACCACGUCGUCCACAAGCAGCUCCUCUCCUCCCCACUCUUCAAGAAGGAAUCCGGCAGCCCCCUCAUGGCCUUCCCCACCGCCCUGUAUGCAGCCAAAGCCACCCUAAUGUCAGCCAAUCAGGGACCUGCAGGGGCCGGCGGCAUCGAGGCCGGCCUGCCCAGUGACCAAUCGGAGAGCGGGAGCUCCACUGCGGGUGAUGACGACCAGUUGGAGACAGCAGAGAUUGCCUUCCAGGUCAAAGAGCAGCUGCUGAAGCACAACAUUGGCCAGCGUGUGUUUGGUCACUACGUGCUGGGCCUAUCACAGGGCUCGGUCAGUGAGAUCCUGGCCCGGCCCAAGCCCUGGAGGAAGCUGACAGUGAAAGGCAAGGAGCCCUUCAUCAAGAUGAAACAGUUCCUGUCUGACGAUCAGAACAUCCUGGCCCUCAGGACCAUCCAGGUCCGACAGAGAGGGAGCAUCACUCCUCGCAUCCGAACUCCUGAAACUGGGUCAGACGACGCCAUCAAAAAUAUCUUGGAGCAGGCCAAGAAGGAGAUCCAGUCCCAGAGAGGAGGUGACAUUAAAUCGUCCCUGGGCAGCCCCUCCGGCUUGAGCAGUAAUGGGGCGGGCGGCAGCUCAGACGACACCAUCAAAAACAUCCUGGAGCAGGCCAGGAGGGAGAUGCAGGCACAGCAGCAGGCCCUGAUGGAGAUGGAUGUCUGUGGCAGGGCCUCGUCCACGAGCGCUGGGCCCCAGGUGGAGCGCCUGGGGCUCCCUGAGCCUUACAAGGUCCUGCCUUUACCCACCUUCAUCAAACAGGAGGAGGGGGGCACGGUGACCGUGUGCAUGGCCAACCCCAUCAGCAGCCCCCAAACCCCCCUCAGUGUCCUCUCCCCUGCCGCCUUUGUCCAGAACAUCAUCCGUAAAGUCAAGUCGGAGAUUGGUGAGGCGGGGACUUACUUCGACCAGCACUGGUCCGUGGAGCGGGGGCCCAUAGGCAUGGUGGGCGGCGUAGGGGGCGGCAGCUCUCGGCCCUUUACCUCAGUGUCUCCCUCCCUGUCCUCCUCCUCGUCCUCGGGCCCCUCGGCCCUGCCCCGGCCCUGGCCCCGGCUGGAGAACGGAGAGUGUCUGCCCAACAGUGAGGAGGCGUCCGCAGCCGAGGAGGACACUGGCUCGGGGAUGGUACGGUCUGUGGAGGUGAAGGUGGAGUCAGACGUGUCAGUGAGUGGGGAGUCACCCGGCCCUGGCCGUGGCCUGUCCUAUUACCCAUCAUACCUCCCCCGCACCCUGAAGCCCACCGUGCCACCGCUGACGCCGGAGCAGUAUGAGAUGUACAUGUACCGUGAGGUGGACACCAUCGAACUCACCCGGCAGGUCAAAGAGAAGCUGGCCAAGAACGGCAUCUGUCAGAGGAUCUUUGGUGAAAAGGUGCUGGGUCUGUCUCAGGGCAGUGUGAGUGACAUGCUGUCUCGGCCCAAACCCUGGAGCAAGCUGACCCAGAAAGGCAGGGAACCCUUCAUCCGCAUGCAGCUGUGGCUGCUGGACCAGCUGGGCCAAGCACUCACCCAGCUUCCCAGCCAAAGCCUCUCUCAAGAUAAAAGCCCAGUGACGGCCCAGUCGUCGCCCUCCCCUCCCCCCAGCCCAGAGGAGAGCCACCCCAGCCCAUUGGUGGAGCCCGUCAGCCUUACCCUGGAGAGCAGCAAGGAGAACCAGCAGCCUGAUGGCCUGGGCCUGAUGCCCCCCCACCCAGAAGGAGGGAAAUCCACCCCCAGCCUGCUGUCCCUCCACCAGCCCCACACCCCCCUGGGCAUCCAGGAACUGGUGGCAAUGUCCCCAGAGCUGGACACAUAUGCCAUCACCAAGAAGGUCAAGGAGGUGCUAACAGACAACAACCUAGGCCAGCGGCUGUUUGGGGAGAGUAUACUGGGCCUCACCCAGGGCUCAGUAUCAGACCUGCUCUCUAGGCCCAAGCCCUGGCACAAACUCAGCCUCAAAGGCAGGGAGCCUUUCGUCCGCAUGCAACUGUGGCUCAACGACCCGCACAACGUGGACAAGCUGAGGGACAUGAAGAAGAUGGAGAAGAAAGCCUACCUGAAGAGGCGGUAUGGGCUGCUGAGUACCGGCUCAGACAGUGACUCUCCCAGUGCCCGCUCUGAGUGUGUGAGCCCAGCUCUGGCCUCAAUAGACCUGUGUCCCUACAGUCAGGUGAAAAAGCCCAGGGUGGUGCUGGGGGCUGAGGAGAAGGAGGCUCUGAGGAAGGCCUACCUCCUGGAGCCAUACCCCUCCCAGCACACCAUUGAGAUGCUGGCCUGCCAGCUCAACCUCAAAACCAAUACCGUCAUCAACUGGUUCCACAACUACAGCAGGUCCAGGAUGCGACGGGAGGUCCUCAUGGAGGGUCUCCAGGACAACGACACGGACACAGAACACCACAGCUACUCUCCCUCGGCCAUACAGAGCCCCAUCUCAGACGGGGAUGAGAGGAGGCGGCUGCACCCCGCUGGACGCACCCCCCACCCCAUCCGCCCCCUCAGCGCUAACACACCACUGCCACAUGUCAAACAGGAGGCCAGUGAGCUGGAGGACGAGGGAGAGGAAGAGGAGAGGAACGGCUACAUCAAACAGCCUAAGAUCCAGUGUUUCUCUAUGGGUGUCCAGUUCCCUCAGUUGAAAACAGAGCAUGAGGACCAGAUGGGUGGCUGCCGAGAGCUCCACCUGGCUCCACACUAUCCUCAGAGCCUGGGGCAGGAAGAGGGUAAGAGCAGCCAGGCUCAGGGGCUCUUCCAGGGGGCGCUCUCCCUAGAUGGCCCCCAGAGAACCAGCCAGUCCAGGCACGAGGUUGAUGACUCCAGCAAGUCUCCUGUGGACCCGGUCAGCUUCAAGGCCUCGUCUGAGCCCUGCCGCAGCAGCCUGGAGGUCUCCCUCAACUCCCCCUCCGCUGCCUCCUCGCCCGGCCUCAUGAUGUCCGUCUCCCCUGUCUCAUCUUCCUCUGCACCCAUCUCCCCAUCCCUGCCCAACCCACCCACGACAAGCACCAACCACGGCCUGGACCCUAACCCCAUGCCUCCCAUCCAGAGCCCCAAGCCCAACAGGAGCGUUCAGAGACGCACCGAGAAAAUUGCCAACCUCAACAACAUCAUCCACAGGCUGGAGAGAGCGGCUAACCGGGAGGAGACCCUGGAGUGGGAGUUUUAGGCCCCUCCCUUCCUCCACAUUUCCUCAGUCCUGCUGACUCACACCAGACAUGGGAGACUCUCAAAGAGAAGCUUCAGGAACACAUGGAGUGGAGCCUGGCUCCUGAAGGCCUGUACUCCCUGUCUGAUCAUACUGAAUAAAUACCCUGUAGGACACCAGGGGAAACCAGAGAUAAACUUACAGACAAAUUCCCUUAGAGGGCUUUUAGAAAAUAAAAAAUAUUUAUAAACGUGUUUUAGUUUUUUUGAUAAUGGAUACUACUUUGAAAUAUAUGUAACAGCACUAGCUGUUGUUUUACUUAAUGGACUCUGACGUGAAGACUUUUGCAGCUAUGGUGUCAUGAAAUGUACACUGAAGUUGUGUAGAUUGCCACUGGGUGAGAUUAAAAAAGACCCUGUCUUAAGCCAUCAAAAGCACUAUAAUUAUAUAAAAAGAGACGCUGACCAAAUUUGCUAAUUUUUGAAUAGCAAUUUUUCCGAUUUUUGUCUGUAAAACGGGACAGUUUAAGUCAAGUAACGUGAAAUUGUACUACUGACUAAGGGAUAGUCCUUUAAGACUCUAAAUAUUCAACAUCUCCUAUGUACUUAGUUUCUUGGUGAUAUGUUUUGAAACAUUUGUAACACAAACGUAUAAAGUGUGGUUGUACAUGUUGUAGAAUUGUCUGCAAUAGCCUUCUGAACUAGAUGUAUCAUGGUAUUCAACUGACCCUGUUAUCCUCUAUAGUUAGUCACCUGUGAUAUACUGGAGCAAAAAUUUGUGAAAAGAAAUCUGUAAAAAAAAAAAGGAAAUGUAAAAUCUAAUGAGUAGAAUCUUUUUUUUUUGUUAUAUAAUCCUGGAGGUUUACAGUUUUGAACCCUUGUGCACUUGUCAGUAAGUGAAACUCACUACACAUGAGCACAGUUUACAUGAUUUAUUUCAGACUUACCUCUAUGAUCUUUUAACCUCUAUGAUCCUCCUACCGUUUGAAUAAAUUGAUUAAGAUAUGUUUGAA